UUGAAUAUUCUCCGCAAAAAUCAAUUUUUAGUUACGCUGUCCUUUUGUAUUCUUAAAAAGCCUACCAUUAAUUUAAUUAAAAUAAUUAUUUUUAAUUUACAGUCCAAAAUGACUGCUACAAAAAUUUUAAAAAAUCAAAAAGGCGAAGGCGGCCCAAAAGUUUUAUUAAAUUCUGGCCACCUAAUUCCAUUAAUUGGAUUAGGUACUUAUAAAAUUGUUGACCAAACACUGAUGGAUUCUUCUGUGGAUGCUGCCCUCAAAUGUGGCUAUAGAUUCUUUGAUACUGCAAAAUUGUAUCAAAAUGAGAAGCAGCUGGGCAACAGCCUUGAAAAAUUACUUCCAAAAUAUGGAUUAAAUCGUGAAGAUGUAUUUCUUCUAACCAAAUUUUCUCCCUUCCCUGCUGAAAAAGCUAGUGAAGAAGUGCCAAAAUUAAUUGAGGAAUCCUUGGAAAUUUUAAAAACAAAUUAUAUUGAUUUGGUAUUAAUUCAUUGUCCAAAGCCUGAUGAAAAUAAAAAUGAAGACAAAGAAGGGAAUAGUGCUAGUCGAAAAAUAAAUUGGCAGGCACUUGAAAACCUUUCUGAAGAAAAAGUACAUUCAAUUGGGGUGUCUAAUUAUGAAGUUUGCCAUUUAGAAGAAAUGAAUAAAUAUUUAAAUAAAAAGCCGGCAGUUAAUCAAAUUGAAUUUCAUCCUCAUUUUCGAAGAAAUGAAAUUAGAGAAUUUUGUAAAAAUGAGGGAAUUCAUUUACAAGUUUUUUCGAGGAUAAAUACAAACAAAAAUUAUUAAGGCAUUUUCUC